AGGAGGAGGAGGAAGAGGAGGAGGUCUGAUGAUGCUGAUGAUGCUGAUGAUGCUGAUGCUGUGAGUCAGAGAGCGGAGGGUUCAGGAUGCUCACAGACGAACCCCGCACACGGAGAGUGAGACGAUCCGCAGAGACACGCUAUUUGAGGUGAUUCAUCCAGAGCAGCAGGUGGACUCCAGCUCCCAGAAUGCCUGAGCAGAGUAACGACUACCGGGUGGUCGUGUUCGGAGCCGGCGGUGUCGGGAAGAGUUCGCUGGUCCUUCGCUUUGUGAAAGGCACCUUCAGAGACACCUACAUCCCCACGGUGGAGGACACGUACAGACAGGUGAUCAGCUGUGAUAAGAGCGUGUGCACACUGCAGAUCACCGACACCACAGGAAGUCACCAGUUUCCCGCCAUGCAGCGCCUGUCCAUCUCCAAAGGCCACGCCUUCAUCCUGGUCUUCUCCGUCACCAGCCGCCAAUCACUGGAGGAGCUGAAACCCAUCUACCAGCAGGUUCUGUCCAUCAAGGGCAGCGUGGACUCCAUUCCCGUCAUGCUCGUGGGCAACAAGAGCGACGAGACGGCCCAGCGCGAGGUGGACACGAAGGCGGGCGAGGCCCAGGCCGCCGCCUGGAAGUGCGCCUUCAUGGAGACGUCGGCCAAGACGAACUCCAACGUGAAGGAGCUGUUCCAGGAGCUGCUGGCCCUGGAGAAGAAGAGGGACAUGAGCCUGAGCAUCGACGGCAAACGCUCGGGGAAACAGAAACGAGCCGACAAGCUGAAGGGGAAGUGCAGCAUCAUGUAGUGACUCGUUGUGGCCACAGGGAGCAGCAGAGGACCGCUCUUCUUCUGUGGUGCCGCUCCUCCUCUGUGUGACUGAGAUGAAGCCCAGAGGAACAAAAUGACCAGACUGAAAAUAGGAACUGGAAUAUCGUGGCCCUGGACUGAUUCUGUUUGUGGCCCAAAAAUACUCUUUUACAAGUCUCAUUAACUAUAAUACAGAAAUAAUCCACUGAUUUUAUUAUGAAUGUUGAUCCUGAAUGUAAACUAACGUGACAUCAGUCCCACAAAUUACAAACUGUUUCCUGUUUGAUGGAA